CGUCAACUAUACGCGUUUGCGAGACGCGUUGGUCGACUAUUUUUUAUUUGUCUUUAUUUUAAUUUAAAUUAAGUAUUAGUUUAUUUAACUGUGCAGCAGACACGCCGACUGGCAUGAGCGAUGUAUUAAAGAGCUCGCAAGAGCGUUCGCGUAAACGCCGACUGCUGCUUGCCCAAACGCUCGGUUUGUCCAGCGUUGACGAGCUGAAAAAGGUGCUGGGCAAUGCAGAAGAUAGCAACAAUUAUUCUGGCGUCGGUGGAAGCCGGCAGCUAAAUGCAUCGGGCCAACGGGACGAGGAGGAUGGCGGCAGCGGCGGCGCCUCAUCGUCCAAGAAGACACCGAACGAGAUUAUUUACAGGGACUCGUCGACGUUCCUGAAGGGCACACAGUCUUCCAAUCCGCACAAUGAUUACUGCCAGCAUUUUGUGGACACCGGCCAAAGGCCACAAAACUUUAUACGCGAUGUCGGUCUGGCCGAUCGCUUCGAGGAGUAUCCCAAGCUGCGGGAGCUGAUCAAGCUGAAAGACAAGCUUAUCCAGGACACCGCAUCGGCGCCCAUGUAUCUGAAGGCCGAUCUCAAAACGUUAGAUGUCAAAACCCUGGGCACCAAAUUUGAUGUCAUACUCAUUGAGCCGCCGCUGGAGGAAUAUGCUCGAGCAGCGCCCGCUGUGGCCACCGUGGGCGGGGCGCCGCGCGUCUUCUGGAACUGGGACGACAUACUCAAUUUGGAUGUCGGCGAAAUAGCUGAGCAUCGUUCGUUUGUAUUCCUGUGGUGCGGCUCGUCGGAGGGCUUGGAUCAGGGCCGCAAUUGUCUUAAGAAGUGGGGCUUUCGCCGCUGCGAGGACAUCUGUUGGAUACGCACAAACAUCAACAAGCCGGGCCAUUCAAAGCAGGCCAUACCCAAAUCCGUUUUCCAGCGCACAAAGGAGCACUGCCUGAUGGGCAUCAAGGGCACGGUGCGUCGUUCCAGCGAUGGCGAUUUCAUACACGCCAAUGUGGACAUUGAUCUGAUCAUAUCCGAGGAGGAGGAGUUCGGUAGCUUCGAGAAGCCCAUCGAAAUCUUUCAUAUCAUUGAGCAUUUUUGCCUGGGCCGUCGGCGUUUGCAUUUGUUUGGACGCGAUUCGAGCAUCAGGCCGGGCUGGCUAACAGUUGGACCCGAGCUGACGAACUCCAAUUUCAAUGCCGAGCUGUAUCAGACCUAUUUUGCGGAGGCCACCGCCACCGGCUGCACCAGUCGCAUCGAAAUGCUGCGGCCAAAGAGUCCGCCACCCAAUAGCAAAGUGUUGCGCGGCCGUGGACGCGGCUUUCCGCGUGGUCGUGGCCGGCCCAGAUAAUGAUCACUCCACUGCACGUAUUUCUAGUUAAUAAGCGCAAAAGUUGUUCACUAAACAUGCGAUUGAUCUUGGAAACGAAUGCAGGAUUAGUCGGAGGUUUAAGGUACAAUUUAUACUUGUCAUUGUACACGUUAUAAUGCUAGGAUUAAAG